AUGCCUGUUGGUAAGUCAUUAAUUAAAGUUCAAAAAUCCAUUGGUAAAAAUAAACACAAAGUUCAUCCAAAAGGUCGUAAGUUUGCACAGUUAGCUAGAGCAUCCUUGCGUGAUUCUAAGGUAGCGGCUAAAAAGAAAGCCUAUCAAGAUCAAAAAUCUAAUGCAUUGUUACGAUACAAAUUUAUACAGGACAUCAUAAAUUCGAAUUCAUUUAAAGAAAAAACAACAUUUAGUCCACAAGAAUUGUUUAUAUUUAUCGAACAGUUCAUAGCAAGAGAUGAUGAAGAAAUUAAAGAUUUGGAAUCAAAAAAAAAACCGAAUAGACCAACUUCAAAUAAACAGCUUUUAUUAGAAAAUAAAAGAAAAUUAGAAAAAAACGAAUUUCAAACUGGUUUCCUAUGUUGCGAUCUAACAGAUGUUGAUUCAGUCAAAGCCUUAAGAAAUUGGAACGGUACUUUUGGUGGAUUGAACAACUUUAAAAAAAUACGUAUUAAUUCUAAAGCAGAAAUUUUAAAUAAUUCUGCUUUAAAUGAUGUUGAAAUGAAAUAG